GCCUCAACUUUCAUAUAAAAGCAAUCCACGAUUAGCACAAGGUGCAGCUUUUCCGAAAUUUUUGGCCAGAUUAUCCGUUCAAAAUGAAACUGUUUGUGAUUAACUUUAUUUUGAUGUCGUUAAUCUAUACGAGUUUAAGUGCCAGUGUUCCUUACGAAACCGUCAACAUAGACAAAUUACUUGCCGAUGAAAAAAUGGUGACCGAAUACAUGGCUUGUCUAAGAGGAGAAGGGCCGUGCACUCCUGCUGAAAAAGAUUUAGAAGAACACAUUCCACUAGUUCUCGGGAAUUACUGUGCUGAUUGUAAUGAAAAGCAGAAGAAUUUUGUAAUAAAAUUGGCAACGUUUGUUAUAAAAAACAGAUUUGACGAAUGGAGACAAGUCCAGAAACGUUUCGAUCCUGACUUGAGCCACGCCGAUGAUUUUAACAAAUUUAUUAUUGGAAACUAAUCACUUCUGAAUUGCGAUAAAUGAUAAAUAAAUAAUAUUGUUGAUUAAUGCUUUUAGGAAGGUGGAAGUAAUCUGAUAAACCUUAGUAGAUUUUGCUUUUUUCAUGCAUAAGAAUAAAUAAACAUGUUAUGAAGUUA